AUGGGACUCGGGGCAAGUAAGGCUAGCAACCUGCUUCCCUGGUACUUUAAAUAUGAUGCUGGCAAUAAUCAGAGCAAUAUGCCUCGGACCUUUGGAGGUGACGGAGUCCCACCUCUAAUUGACAAACCAGAGACUCCUAAGAUACGACUCGGCAAACAAAUGGUAAUGAGAUGGGGAGCUAUUAAUAUCAAUGGGGGCUACUCUGGGAAGAAGGUAGAGCUGGCAGAGGCUGCAAGUAAGAUGGGGUUGGACGUUUUAGCUGUUAGUGACAUUCGGGUAAGGGGUGAGAAAGAAGAGGAAGUGGGAGAAUACAAGGUCUACCUGUCAGGAGUCAAAGCAGGAAUAGCACAAUGGGGUGUAGGGCUUUACAUCAGGAAAGAAAUGGAACCCAGCGUAGUUGCAAUAAGUCCGAGCCUUACACAGUCCGAGCCUUACACAGUCCGAGCCUUACACAGUCCGAGCCUUACACAGUCCGAGCCUUACACAGUCCGAGCCUUACACAGUCCGAGCCUUACACAGUCCGAGCCUUACACAGUCCGAGCCUUACACAGUCCGAGCCUUACACAGUCCGAGCCUUACACAGUCCGAGCCUUACACAGUCCGAGCCUUACACAGUCCGAGCCUUACACAGUCCGAGCCUUACACAGUCCGAGCCUUACACAGUCCGAGCCUUACACAGUCCGAGCCUUACACAGUCCGAGCCUUACACAGUCCGAGCCUUACACAGUCCGAGCCUUACACAGUCCGAGCCUUACACAGUCCGAGCCUUACACAGUCCGAGCCUUACACAGUCCGAGCCUUACACAGUCCGAGCCUUACACAGUCCGAGCCUUACACAGUCCGAGCCUUACACAGUCCGAGCCUUACACAGUCCGAGCCUUACACAGUCCGAGCCUUACACAGUCCGAGCCUUACACAGUCCGAGCCUUACACAGUCCGAGCCUUACACAGUCCGAGCCUUACACAGUCCGAGCCUUACACAGUCCGAGCCUUACACAGUCCGAGCCUUACACAGUCCGAGCCUUACACAGUCCGAGCCUUACACAGUCCGAGCCUUACACAGUCCGAGCCUUACACAGUCCGAGCCUUACACAGUCCGAGCCUUACACAGUCCGAGCCUUACACAGUCCGAGCCUUACACAGUCCGAGCCUUACACAGUCCGAGCCUUACACAGUCCGAGCCUUACACAGUCCGAGCCUUACACAGUCCGAGCCUUACACAGUCCGAGCCUUACACAGUCCGAGCCUUACACAGUCCGAGCCUUACACAGUCCGAGCCUUACACAGUCCGAGCCUUACACAGUCCGAGCCUUACACAGUCCGAGCCUUACACAGUCCGAGCCUUACACAGUCCGAGCCUUACACAGUCCGAGCCUUACACAGUCCGAGCCUUACACAGUCCGAGCCUUACACAGUCCGAGCCUUACACAGUCCGAGCCUUACACAGUCCGAGCCUUACACAGUCCGAGCCUUACACAGUCCGAGCCUUACACAGUCCGAGCCUUACACAGUCCGAGCCUUACACAGUCCGAGCCUUACACAGUCCGAGCCUUACACAGUCCGAGCCUUACACAGUCCGAGCCUUACACAGUCCGAGCCUUACACAGUCCGAGCCUUACACAGUCCGAGCCUUACACAGUCCGAGCCUUACACAGUCCGAGCCUUACACAGUCCGAGCCUUACACAGUCCGAGCCUUACACAGUCCGAGCCUUACACAGUCCGAGCCUUACACAGUCCGAGCCUUACACAGUCCGAGCCUUACACAGUCCGAGCCUUACACAGUCCGAGCCUUACACAGUCCGAGCCUUACACAGUCCGAGCCUUACACAGUCCGAGCCUUACACAGUCCGAGCCUUACACAGUCCGAGCCUUACACAGUCCGAGCCUUACACAGUCCGAGCCUUACACAGUCCGAGCCUUACACAGUCCGAGCCUUACACAGUCCGAGCCUUACACAGUCCGAGCCUUACACAGUCCGAGCCUUACACAGUCCGAGCCUUACACAGUCCGAGCCUUACACAGUCCGAGCCUUACACAGUCCGAGCCUUACACAGUCCGAGCCUUACACAGUCCGAGCCUUACACAGUCCGAGCCUUACACAGUCCGAGCCUUACACAGUCCGAGCCUUACACAGUCCGAGCCUUACACAGUCCGAGCCUUACACAGUCCGAGCCUUACACAGUCCGAGCCUUACACAGUCCGAGCCUUACACAGUCCGAGCCUUACACAGUCCGAGCCUUACACAGUCCGAGCCUUACACAGUCCGAGCCUUACACAGUCCGAGCCUUACACAGUCCGAGCCUUACACAGUCCGAGCCUUACACAGUCCGAGCCUUACACAGUCCGAGCCUUACACAGUCCGAGCCUUACACAGUCCGAGCCUUACACAGUCCGAGCCUUACACAGUCCGAGCCUUACACAGUCCGAGCCUUACACAGUCCGAGCCUUACACAGUCCGAGCCUUACACAGUCCGAGCCUUACACAGUCCGAGCCUUACACAGUCCGAGCCUUACACAGUCCGAGCCUUACACAGUCCGAGCCUUACACAGUCCGAGCCUUACACAGUCCGAGCCUUACACAGUCCGAGCCUUACACAGUCCGAGCCUUACACAGUCCGAGCCUUACACAGUCCGAGCCUUACACAGUCCGAGCCUUACACAGUCCGAGCCUUACACAGUCCGAGCCUUACACAGUCCGAGCCUUACACAGUCCGAGCCUUACACAGUCCGAGCCUUACACAGUCCGAGCCUUACACAGUCCGAGCCUUACACAGUCCGAGCCUUACACAGUCCGAGCCUUACACAGUCCGAGCCUUACACAGUCCGAGCCUUACACAGUCCGAGCCUUACACAGUCCGAGCCUUACACAGUCCGAGCCUUACACAGUCCGAGCCUUACACAGUCCGAGCCUUACACAGUCCGAGCCUUACACAGUCCGAGCCUUACACAGUCCGAGCCUUACACAGUCCGAGCCUUACACAGUCCGAGCCUUACACAGUCCGAGCCUUACACAGUCCGAGCCUUACACAGUCCGAGCCUUACACAGUCCGAGCCUUACACAGUCCGAGCCUUACACAGUCCGAGCCUUACACAGUCCGAGCCUUACACAGUCCGAGCCUUACACAGUCCGAGCCUUACACAGUCCGAGCCUUACACAGUCCGAGCCUUACACAGUCCGAGCCUUACACAGUCCGAGCCUUACACAGUCCGAGCCUUACACAGUCCGAGCCUUACACAGUCCGAGCCUUACACAGUCCGAGCCUUACACAGUCCGAGCCUUACACAGUCCGAGCCUUACACAGUCCGAGCCAAUCUAG